AUGGCGAACACGAGCGCGCUCGGGGAGAGCAGCCCGUCCUCACACACCUACGCGUCCGCGGCCUCUGCGGUCAAGCUCGCCUCCCUGGGUCUGAUCACGGGCGUCAGCCUGCUGGGCAACGCGUCGCUGUCCCUGCUGCUCGUAAAGGACAGCUCACUGCGCAAGUUCUACUUCCUUCUGGACCUGUGCCUGGCGGACGUGGUGCGCUCCGCGGUCUGCUUCCCCUUCGUGAUGGCGGCGAUCGGAGGCGGCGGCGGCUCCGCGUGGCCGUACAGCGCGCUCUGCUGCUGCAAGAUCGUCGCCUUCAUGUCGGUGCUCUUCUGCUUCCACGUCGCCUUCCUGCUCUUCUGCGUGAGCGUCACCAGGUACAUGGCGAUCGCCCACCACCGGUUCUACUACAAGCAGAUGAACCUGUGCACGUGCGCGUCGGUGAUCUGCAUGGUGUGGACUCUCUCCGUGGCCAUGGCUUUCCCGCCGGUGUUCGACGUCGGCACCUACAAGUUCAUCCGCGAGGAGGGGCAGUGCACCUUCGAGCACCUGGCCAACGACACGCUGGGCUUCAUGCUGAUGCUGGCCGUCAUCGGGGGCACGACCCACGUGGUGUACGUCAAGAUGCUGUGCUUCGUCUACGACCACCGCAAGAUGAAGCCGGCGCAUCCGGUCCCGGCCAUCAGCCAGAAUUGGACCUUCCACGGGCCCGGUGCGACCGGACAGGCCACCGCCAACUGGAUCGCCGGCUUCGGCCACGGGCCCACCCCGCCGACGCUCGUGGGCAUCAGGCAGUCGUCGCACCCCGGCAACAGGAGGCUGCUGGUGCUGGACGAGUUCAAGAUGGAGAAGCGCAUCGGGAAGAUGUACUACAUGAUCACGCUGGCCUUCCUGGUUCUGUGGGCGCCGUACAUAAGCGCGUGCUACCUGAGGAUAUGUGUGCGGGGAGCUCCGGUGCCGCAGCUCUACCUGAGCGCGGCGGUUUGGAUGAGCUUCGCCCAGGCGGGGGCGAACCCCAUCAUCAGCUUCCUGUUCAACAAGGAGCUCCGGGUGCGCCUCAGAGCCUGUUUCCCCAGCUGCCUGGUGACACAGACCCCCAUGGAGCCAUACUGUGUCAUCUGA